GCCUUCCAAAUCCAAAUGCAUUCAGACCACAUAGCAAACCACACACCUUAUCCAAGAUUUUGUGGGAUCCCAAGCAAACACACACACACAACACACAACACAAACAAAAGAUCUCUUGCUCAUCAUCAUCAUCAUCAUCAAUAGUCCAAAUUCUUGCAGAUUUUUGCAGAAUGGGGAGAAUUUUCAGACACACAGAAAAGACAUGAUCACCCCUUCUGCUGCUUUCCCUCCCAUCACUUCAUCUUCUUCUUCUUCUUCUCACAGCUUGAAUUUAUUACUACUACGCCGUGCUCUCAACAAUACUAGGAGUAGUAGUACUCCUGCUAUUCCUCGUACUAGUAUUGUCUUUCAUCAUCCCCCCUCCUCCUGCCAUGCUUUCUCCUUCAAUCAUCGGUGUCGUCUUCACCAAAUUGAUGUCUCUCUCCGAGUUACAAAUGAGUCGAGUAGUACAGAGGUGUCUCCUGAUGCAACCUCAGAGAGAUCAGAGGCAGACAAGAUUGUGGAUGGCAUGGACUUUGGUGAACUCUGCAAUGAUUUCGAGUGCAUAAGCAGUCCUUCUGUAGAAUCCACUGCCAGACAACUUGUUCGAGACAUUCUUCAGCUUCGUCAGGGCAAUCGUGCCCUUGGAACCUUUGCUGUUUCUGUCAAAUAUAAGGAUCCAGUCAGAAGCUUCACUGGAAGAGACAAGUACAAGAGACAACUCUGGGUGAAUGAUGCACUUGAGAAUCCCAUAGUGAGUGUGCAGCAGAUGGUGAUGUUAUCAACGAGUGUGCUAAACAUCAAGUGGACAGUAAAAGGCAAGGCCAAGUCUCCCAUUUUUAGAAUUGGAGGAGACUUGUCUGUCAAAGUCGACUCCAAGUUCACUCUGAAUCAGAUCAGUGGCCAAGUUAUCGAGCACGAAGAGUUGUGGGAUUUGUCAGAAUCAUCACUCGUUGCUCAGGCGUAUUUCUGGGCUUCAAGACGGCUCUUUGCCACAUUUGAAGCUGGAAAAGAUGUCUCCGACUCCCUUAAAGACUUGACCAACCGUUUCACAGCAGAAAACAAGAAUGUCGAAAUGUAUCCAGACCCAACUGGUGAUCCAACAAAGUUUUUCCAGAGGGAUGAUAGCUUUCAGAGAGAUUUAUACCAGAUUGCGCUGUUUCUGGCAGUUGUCUAUUUUGUUGUACAGUACUUGCGGACAACUUUGUGAAGCUAAAGCUUAUACAAGUGAUUCUCGGGAGGUCUCAGGACUCUAGAAUUCCAAGACAACCACAGUCGUUCAUGUAAGAACAGAUCAAUCUCACGAUCCCACCUCAUGAACGGGUGUGAUUUCCUUGCUGUAUAUAAUUUAUGAUCCUAUUAAAAGGUCUUAACAAGUAA